CGCGCCGGCAGUAACAAUGAUCGGGGACAUCCUGCUGUUUGGGACGCUGUUGAUGAACGCCGGGGCGGUGCUCAACUUUAAGCUGAAAAAGAAGGACAUGCAAGGCUUUGGCGAGGAGUCGAGGGAGCCCAGCACAGGUGACAACAUCCGGGAGUUCUUGCUGAGCCUCAGAUAUUUUCGAAUCUUCAUCACCCUAUGGAAUGUCUUCAUGAUGUUCUGCAUGAUCGUGCUCUUUGUCUCCUGACCAGGUACAGAACCGGAAACACACCUUCUCAGAGUGUCUCUUCUUCCAUUCCUGACGACUUCAAGAAUGUUUCUGACCAGAAAACCGGUGACCUUCCCAGAAAGUCCAAGCUUGUGGUGGGUGGAAAAAAUGUUCGCCAAGAUGAACACAGUUUCCCAGCCACGUCACUGUUUUCUUUUCAAAGAUAUUUUCACUUUGAUGUCUGCCUUGAAAUGCUGUCUACUUAAAAGAGUUUGAAGAGUGUUUAUGUGAGGGGCUGUGGUAUCUAGAUUGUUUAAUCAGAUCAGAAUCCCUCUUCUACCAGACUUUCACUGGAAACCCAUUUCUGGGUAUUUCUUGGUUUAUUGUUAAUAACCAUCCUUUUUUUGUUUCAAAUUAUACAGAUUUUUAAAAAUCUUUUGUAUCCAGGGAUCUGAAGCAGAAAGGUUGGCUUUUAAGUUUGAUGCAGCCUCUUAUUGGACUGCAUUUGUGAGGAUUGAACAAGUUCAUUGUUGCUUGGUCUGUGUCCAAAUUCCUUCCCCAUCCCACUGGGCUCUGCUUGGCCACUCCGCUGCUUGGCUGAGGUUGUCCCAAGGAUUCGAAGGGUGAAGUGUUAUGGGUUUCUGUGGAAGAGAGAUGCAGAGCAGUUGGCAGGGUGGAUGGGGGUAUUAUGAGAAACUUUGCCUUGCCUUGAAGCCCUCUAUAAAGGAACUUUUGGGGCCAUUAAUUGUAUAGUUUUUAGAAUGAGAGUGAUUUAUGUGGUGAUAUUGGGACCCGGUUCUGAAAGCUUGAGCUUUGGGGUCUGCUUUUCAAGUGGAUGAUUUCAAGGUUGAAAAACAAGCCUCAUUGGAGGAAAUACAGCAUUUUGCACAGAAGCUUCUGUGAAAGGGAGUCCUGGUUUAAUCGCCAACAUGACACUUGGGUGGUCAGUGCCUGGAUCCUACAGGUGUUUGAUUUGUUUGUUGUGGUUUUUGAAAUCCUAACUUGCAGGUAACCUGGUGGGAGGAAAAAAUAAAUAUGCAGGCUCUUAGAACUAAAGAGCAUUGAAAAUAAAGCUCAUUUCUAAAAAGGAAAAA